GGGGAAUAGACCCCUCGGUCAACGUGCCUUACCAAAUAUUGACUUUCGUCGCGUCCGUCGCGUCUUUGGAGACGGCACUUUAUCCGCCCACUCAACUACGAAUCUCUCCCGACAGGCCCACCAGCCAGCCGACUGAACACGAUGGCGCAGCGCACGAUAAUUGACGUCGAACUAUUGACGGAACACCUGGGAUACGCACCAAUUUCGCUCCUGGACAGCAUCAUCAACAAUGUCAACGCCGUAGCCGACAAGACGCUCGACCGCGUAGAGCAGGGUCUCUCGAAAGCGCCCCCGAAAGCGCUUGGUUUCGAAAAGGCGUUGAAGCAGAAGAAACGGUCCGCGGACGAGGUUGUCGACGUCGAGGAGACGGCGAAGCUCGAGAUUGUCGACGGCGUCCACAAGCUGGAGACGCUGCUGUGCGCCGCGAUUGACAAGAAUUUCGACAAGUUUGAGCUUUAUGUCAUGAAGAACAUUCUGAGCAUCCAGCAGGGCCAGCGAAACUGGAUGCGCCUCGCCCAUUACGACGGUCUCGACUUCAACGCCACUCACGAGGACGCGCCGACGAGGGAGAGCGUUGAUGCGCUGAGGAGGAAGCUACAGGCCAGCCAGCGGCUCAACGUGAUGCUUCACGCCGAGCAGGCGAAGAAUGCGGCGCUACUGGCGAAGCUGCGAGGGGUCAUUGGCGGUAAGCCCGCCGGUUCCAGGGCUUCGCUGGUGGGACAGGUCAAGGUCGAGGGGUCCGACGACAGGGCGCCGUUCCAGUUCCUGCAGGAGAAGGGCGACUUGGCAGAUGGGGAUUUCAAAGCGCCUAUAACGACCACGACCGCCUUCAACAUGUCGCAACUUCAGGCGCUGCGCGCGUUAUCGACGUCGCUGCGUAAUAUCAUGCCCGACCUCAAGGACCCGUCCAGCACCGAGGACGGCCCCGAGAAGCAAAAGAGUUGGAGACGAGAGAGAAUGGAGUAUGUCGAGGGGGCCACGCGGAAGCAUCUGGAGCAUGUGCGUGGGCUGGAGCUCGGCAAGGAUGGCGAUGUGCGCGAUGGGGAGUGGCAAGGUGAGGGCAGGAAAUUUGCCAUGGGCGAGGUGGAGGGGCUCGAGCAAGUGGUUGCCGCGCUUGGGGGAGGUUCUGGGGAAUCUACUGAGCAGCCCGAUCCCGACACAAUGGACGAGUCAUGAAGUGAGCGUUCGGAUGUCAACUUCUUUGAGAAGAUUGAAAUGAACUCACAAGCUCGCCACCGACAGAGCAUGCCGCGGAACACUGGCUGCUACAAGCAUGCCUUACGGCAUUGUCGUGAUCCUAGCUGUGAUGCCAGGU